AUGUCUCCCCCUGCUGCUAUCUCCCCUCCUUCUCGCUCUGCUGAGCUUGCUACUUCUACCAGCACCAAGCUUCCCGUGGUCGCUAGCAAGAAUGUCAACUCCAAGACUGUAGAGGAGAUGCUGGGUAACUGGGACUCCUUCCAGUUCGCCCCCAUCCGCGAAAGCCAGGUUUCUCGCGCCAUGACCCGUCGUUACUUCAAGGACUUGGAUAACUACGCCGAGUCUGACAUUGUCAUCAUUGGCGCGGGAUCCUGCGGUCUGAGCGCUGCCUACAUCUUGGGUAAGAAGCGUCCUGACCUGAAGAUCGCUAUCAUCGAGGCUUCCGUCUCUCCUGGUGGCGGCGCUUGGCUUGGUGGUCAACUCUUCUCCGCCAUGAUUAUGCGCAAGCCCGCCGACGCUUUCCUCGAUGAGGUCGGUGUUCCUUACGAAGACGAGGGUAACUACGUCGUCGUCAAGCACGCUGCGCUUUUCACCUCGACUAUCAUGUCCAAGGUUCUGGCUAUGCCCAACAUCAAGCUCUUCAACGCUACUUGCGUCGAGGAUCUCAUCACUCGACCUUCUGACGAGGGCGUUCGCAUCGCUGGUGUUGUCACCAACUGGACUCUUGUCUCGAUGCAUCACGAUGACCAGUCCUGCAUGGACCCCAACACCAUCAACGCUCCUUUGAUCAUCUCCACCACUGGUCAUGAUGGUCCUAUGGGCGCCUUCUGUGUUAAGCGUCUUGUUAGCAUGCAGCGCAUUGAGAAGCUCGGCGGUAUGCGUGGUCUCGACAUGAACCUUGCCGAGGAUGCUAUUGUCAAGGGAACUCGUGAGAUUGUUCCUGGUCUUAUUGUUGGUGGAAUGGAACUUUCUGAAGUUGACGGUGCCAACCGAAUGGGCCCUACCUUUGGUGCUAUGGCUCUGAGCGGUCUCAAGGCUGCCGAGGAAGCACUCAACAUCUUUGACACUCGCAAGAAGCAGAAUGAUCUGUAA